CUUCUCUCCCCAAAACAUCAAACUCCCAAAUCCAAGUUCCCUCUGCUUUUUUCCCUCAACAGCUUAAAAUUCUUUUCACUUCCCCAACUCCUAUGGCUAUGGAGCUCUUUUCGCCUUGUGCUCGCAUUGUUCCAAUACUGGUCAUGGCUGUGUUCUUCAUUAGUAGUCCCGUCUAUGCCCAGAUCAGUACUCCAUGCAGUGCUUCAAUGAUUACUAGCUUCACUCCUUGCUUGAACUUUAUAACAAAUAGUACUGGAAAUGGUACCUCCUCGCCAAGUGCUAACUGCUGCAACUCCCUGAAAUCCCUCACAAGUGGUAGCAUGGACUGUUUCUGCCUCAUUGUUACUGGAAACGUUCCCUUCCAGAUACCCAUCAAUCGGUCCUUGGCCAUUUCUCUCCCUCGUGCUUGUAACAUGUCUGGAGUUCCCCUCCAAUGCAAAGCCUCUGGUGCACCUAUUCCUGCUCCAGGUCCUGUCUCGCUUGGCCCGAUGCCUUCUCCCGGACUUUCUCCAUCUUCUAGUCCUAAAGCUUCUUCUAUCCCUGAUCCCACAGCACCUGCUCAGGCACCAGAAUCUGACACGACGCCACUUUUAACACCGCCAUCUCCAACGGUGGAUUCCGGCGCUCCAACUGCAACUACCGGCAGCCGCCCAGUUCUGACCCCAUCGGCUGCCAUGCCCUCUCACGCUCUCUCACCAUCUCUUCUGCUGUUUAUGUUGGGAUUGGUUGCUCUCAAGUACUGCUAGGUUAUUGUCUUCCCAGUAUGUGUGUUGGUUUGUUUGUUAAGUAUUCUUUUGAGGGCUUGACUAGUAUCUGGGCUUGUUCAGAUUAUUGAGAGCAACAUUGUGUGAUUAUUUAUUUAUUUGAGAAUGCAUUCUUUGUAAUACAUAUAUGUAUCAGAGGAAAUAAAAUAAAGAUUUGAUAGUUUAAAGA